AAAAUAAAGAAACAAACAAAACAAAUAAUUUGGAUCUGCCGUUCUUCGAGCAGAUUAGAUCCGGGGGUUCAAAAAUUCAUCCUUCUUCCUCCUAAUUUCCCCCGUCGCCAUUUUCGCAGCUUCAAAGUGUUGUGUGUGUGUGAGCGAGCGCUUGAAGAAGAUUGACUGGUAGAUCUUCCUGUUUCUGAUAUUGGAUGAGAAAUGAUUGCCCAUCUAUAAAUUCGAGCUAGCUCUUAUAUUGGUAUUUGAGUGAAAGACACUGCCAGUUCAUUUGCUUCUGACUUAUAACCAGUUAACCUGCAGGCUGCAAUUUUAUAAUUAUUGGCGUUGCUGCUUACCUGAGCUUUUCUAGUUAAUCAUGUCUGAGCAUAUCAAAGAGGCAGAACGAGUGGAUGGAGAUGGACAUGUUGGAUCUGAAGAAUCUAUGUCGUCAUCUCGUAAAGAGGAGGAAGUUAUAAAGAAAAAAUAUGGAGGAAUUGUUCCCAAGAAGCCACCACUUAUUUCUAAGGAUCAUGAACGUGCUUAUUUUGAUUCUGCUGAUUGGGCAUUGGGAAAGCAAGGUGUUGAGAAGCCUAAAGGACCUUUAGAAGCUCUUCGGCCGAAAUUACAGCCAACACAACAGCAAACACGAUACAGGAAGUCUCCUUGUGCUCCAUCAGAUGGUGAAGAUGGAGGAACUGCUCAAAAUGAAUAUGCAACUUCGAAUGAAUGAAUAACAGUUGCCGCUUGUGCUUGUUGUAUCGCACUGUUGUUGAAUGCCUGUCUAGGUAUGAGCAAUUUUCUUUUGUUUUUUAGAAUACAAUUGCUCAGGUUGGGGAUUUGUUAUUGUGCUUACACUAAGAAUAUCUAUUGUAUGGAGAAUGGUAACUAGAUUGAUCUAUUUCAUAUUUUCCAUUGAUUACAAUCGAUGAAUAUUAUGACUUAAUUUAUAAGUCAAAUCUAAAAGUGUUCUAUUA